AUGGCAAAAUACGAAGCCUACCUAACCGGGCUAGCCAUGACUCUCGAAAUGGGAAUCAAACAUUUGAGAGUAUUAGGAGAUUCGAACCUAGUUGUCUGCCAGACCAAGGGAAGCUUCUCCUUAAAAGAGCCCAUCCUAGCCCCAUACAGAGCAAUGGCCCAGAGGAUGGAAGAAAAAUUUUCAACCUUCGAAAUAGAGCAUGCUUCAAGGAAUGAAAAUCGGUUUGUGGAUGCAUUAGACGCACUAGGGUCACAAAUAAUUUUUGAAGGGGAUAGCACUAGGAUAGAAGUCAGCAAAAGGGAAGAAUCCAUCAUUGAGGUGUUGAAGGAAAGGUUCCGAGAGGAACAGUGCGAAGGGGAUUGGUGGAUCCCCAUAAGUGAAGUCUUGAUGAGGGGAGAAGAUGCCGUAGAAUUAAAAAUACUAAAAGACUACACCCUGGUGAGAGAGGGGUUGUACCACAGGAUGCCAGGUGGGGUCUUGUCCAGAUGCGUGGGGUAG